CGUGUAAGCGUACAGAAUCAGCGCGCAGGGCAUUGUGGGUAGGACAUCCGUAGGUCAGCCAUAUUGCUGCAGUGUGAGUGAAGGAGAAUAUGAGAGGAAUCAGUCAAUUAUCACGGAGGCUCUAUGGAGUUCAGGCUGCUCGUAAGCUGGAGACCGUGGCAGCCGUGGAGCCGCUGAAGCUUCACCCACAGGAUGUGCAGGUGACAAAACUUCCCAGCGGUUUAGUGAUUGCAUCCCUGGAAAACUACUCUCCUGCCUCCCGGAUCGGUGUGCUGAUUAAAGCCGGAAGCAGAUAUGAGACGGCGGAUAAUCUGGGUGUGACACACCUGCUCCGUCUGGCCGCUAGUCUGACCACUAAAGGAGCGUCGGCCUUCAAGAUCUGUCGGGGUGUUGAGGCUGUAGGAGGAAGCCUGAGUGUGUCGAGCUCCAGAGAAACAAUGGUCUAUACCGUGGACUGUCUGAGAGAUCACAUUGAUACGGUGAUGGAGUAUCUGAUCAAUGUGACCACCGCACCAGAGUUUCGUCUGUGGGAAGUGUCUGAUCUCACUGCUAAAGUCAAGCUGGAUAAAGAACUCAGCAAACAGACUCCACAGAUCGGUGUGAUCGAGAAUCUUCAUGCAGCAGCUUAUAAGAACGCUCUGUCCAAUUCUCUCUACUGUCCCGACUUCAUGAUGGGACACAUCAGCACAGAACAGAUGCACACCUUUGUUCAGAAUAACUUCACCAGUUCAAGGAUGGCUCUCGUUGGUCUUGGAGUGGAUCACACUGUACUGAAGCAUGUUGGAGAACAGUUUCUGAACAUGCGCAGUGGAACAGGCACCGUCGGCUCUAAAGCCGUGUACCGCGGAGGCGAGCUGAGGCAUCAGACUGGAGCUGAUCUGACUCACGCUCUGUUGGUCAGCGAGGGAUCCAGCGUGACGGCGGCUGAAGCCACAGCGUUCAGUAUUCUGCAGUGUGUGCUGGGAUCAGGACCUCGAGUUAAAAGAGGAUCUAACAGCACCAGUAGACUGAGUCAGGCCAUCUCAAAGAUCACAGCUCAACCCUUUGAUGUGUCUGCUUUUAACGUCAGUUACACUGACUCGGGUUUGUGCGGUGUCUACACCAUCUGUCAUCCUAAUGCUGCCAAAGAUGUGAUGUCAGCAGCCGUGGGUCAGGUGAAUGAUGUCGCUCAAGGGAAUCUCACUGCCGCUGAUCUCAACAGAGCAAAGAAUCAGCUGAAGGCCGACUAUCUGAUGUCCAUUGAGAGUUGUGAGGGACUGAUGGAAGCCAUUGGUACUCAAGCACUCACAGAGGGCACUUAUCAUUCCCCUGAAGUCAUGAGUCACAAAAUAGAUGCUGUGUCUUCAGCUGAUGUCAUCAGUGCGGCGGAAAAAUUCAUGUCUGGGAAAAAGACGAUGUCUGCCAGUGGACACCUGGUCAACACCCCUUUUGUUGAUGAGAUCUAGUGCACUUGGUCUUCUUCAUUCUUAAAGUAAAUGAGCUCAUGUUCAUCAUUUCUGUCCUGAUGCUCUUUCAUACACAUUUGAUCUCCAUAUUAGAAGCAAGUGGCCGGAGCUCAGCAGGUGUCUGUUUAAAAUGUAUAGAUGUUAAUGAAUAAAUAAAGUAUCUGUGUACCAACACUGACAAACA